AUGACGUCAAUACCAAUUCGUCAAUUAGGUAAAAAUGGACCGCAUAUACCUGCCAUUGGUUUUGGUACUAUGGGUAUCUCAGCAUUUUAUGGAACAUUUGCUUCCGAUGAAGAACGAUUCAAGCUGUUGGAUCGAUUGAUUGAACUUGGUAGUACAUAUAUUGAUAGUGCGAAUUUUUAUGGUGAUAAUGAAGAUUUACUUGGAAAGUAUUUUAAGAAAUAUCCUCAUCAACGUGAAAAGGUUUUUCUUGCUACCAAAUUUGGCAUUGUUAUUCUUCCAAAUGGCGAUCGAAUCGCACGUGGCGAUGCUCAAUAUGUUCAUGAAGCGUGUGCCAAAAGUUUAAAACGUCUUGGUCUCGAUUAUAUUGAUCUCUAUUAUGUUCAUCGUAUCGACAAGAACGUAUCAAUUGAAGAAACAAUGGGUGCUUUGAAAGAACUUGUUGAAGCAGGUAAAAUCAAAUAUAUUGGUCUAUCCGAAUGUUCAAGUGACACUCUUCGAAGAGCACAGGCUGUUCAUCCAGUUGCAGCCCUAGAGAUUGAAUAUUCACCAUUCAGCUUGGAUAUUGAACGUGAAGAUAUUGGUCUUUUAAAAACAUGUCGAGAACUCGGCAUAGCAAUAGUUUGUUAUGCACCAUUAGGCCGUGGCUUAUUAGGCGGACAAAUUAAAAGUCCAGAUGAUCUUGCAGAAAAUGAUUAUCGACGAAAAUUCCCACGUUUUUCCAAAGAAAAUUUUCCUAAAAAUCUUGAAUUAGUCGAAACAUUAACAUUGAUAGCUAAGAAAAAAAAUUGUACUCCUGGUCAACUCACAUUAGCUUGGAUUCUUAGUCAAGGAGAAGAUUUUUUUGUAAUUCCUGGAACAACAAAGAUCAAGAAUUUAGAAGAAAAUGUUGCUGCAGCACAAAUCAAAUUAACUAAAGAAGAGAAAAAAGAAAUUCGAACAGCUUGUGAAAAAGCCAAUGUAGCUGGUGGACGUUAUUCAGAAGAAGUUGAUUCACUAUUAUUUGCUGAUUCGGCACCAAAAAGGAAUUAA